AUGGCUUCACGGUUAUCUUGGCAAUCCCUUCGUGCCCGCCCGGUUCUGUUGUCCACUGUGGUAUUCGCAGGGAUAGGAGCUUACUUCGGUGCUCGGUCUUUUCGCUUGCCGACGGGAUACGCUGAGUCUCCCGAGUCUCCCAAGGUAUUUGGCGGGUUCGGCUUCACGACUUUACGCCUCCAGGAUGUUAAAGUGGUGAAUCAUAACACCAAACGCCUGGUUUUUGAGUUCCCUGACCAGAAUACAGCAAGUGGAUUGGCAUUGACCUGUAAGGCUGCGUUUGCUGAUUGGAUCCGUUAUAUUGUACUGAAGUUCAUACUUUUUCAAGCGGCAUUACUUACAUACUCGUGGCCCAAGGGGCAAUGGUUACCAGUUCUACGUCCUUACACGCCCAUCAGCGAUCUAAACCAACCCGGCUCGGUAGAGUUAAUGGUCAAGCACUAUCCCAAUGGAAAAGCCAGCAGCCAUCUACACUCCCUAAGGCCCGGCGACACACUCACCUUUGCUGCUACUCUCAAGGGUUUUCCCUGGACACCCAACAAAUACUCCCAAGUCUACCUCAUCGCUGGUGGCGCUGGGAUCACUCCCAUCUACCAACUCAUUCAAGGCAUUCUCAACUACCCCGAUGACCAGACAAAGAUCAAUCUUGUCUUCGGCGUCAAUACCGAGGAAGACUUGUUACUCCGUGAUGAACUGGAGCAGUAUAAGAAGCGUUUCCCCGGCCGAUUCAAUUACAUCUACACUGUGAGUCAUCCUCAUGAAGACGGGUCAUCUUUGCGAAAGGGGUAUGUGACGGAGGAGCUUCUGCGAGAUGUGAUGCGUGGUGCGGAUAAGGAUACUCACGUCUUUGUGUGUGGUCCUCCUGGGAUGGAGGAUGCUUUGGUGGGCUCGAGGAAGAGUGUCGGGGUUUUGAGCCGUUUGGGAUUUUCCAAGGAUCAGAUUUACAAGUUUUAG